UUGACUGAUAUAAAUAUGCGCUCUGCCCAUCGCCUUCGACUACUUCGUGCAGCGCUCUCGCCUAUCAAUCAUAUUCGCCAAAUACACCUGUCGAACAUGUCGUCGAAGCCAGUGCGCGCCCUCAUCAUGGGCCCUCCAGGAUCAGGUAAAGGAACUGUAUCUGAACGCAUUGUAAGUACUUUUAAGGUAACACAUUUAUCGAGUGGAGAUGUGCUCCGAUCCCAAAUUAAAGAAGGUACAGAAGUUGGCUUGAAAGCAAAAGCGAUCGUGGAAAAAGGAGGACUUGUACCUGAUGAAGUCAUGAUAGAACUGAUAAUGGCCAAGAUGAAGGAGUUAUCUGGAGGAAGCUGGCUUUUAGAUGGUUUUCCAAGAACUGUUGUACAGGCAGAGAAGCUGGGCGAGAAACAAGAGCUUGAUGUUGUUAUAAACUUAGAUGUUCCAUUUGAAACCAUAAUUGAUAGAAUUUCAAAACGUUGGAUACAUCCAGGGAGUGGGAAGACUUACAACUUAGAUUUCAACCCUCCUAAAGUACCAGGAAAAGAUGAUGACACAGGUGAGGAUCUUGUUCAAAGAGAUGAUGAUAAGCCUGAGACUGUGCGACAGAGAUUAAAACAGUAUGAGGAAAUGACAAAGCCACUUAUUGAUUUUUAUACGAAACAAGGAAUACUUGAAUCAUUUUCUGGAACAGAAACAAAUGUAAUAUGGCCCAAAGUCAAAGAUUAUCUUACUGCAAAUUUCUUCAAACUAUAAGAAAUUGUUUGGGUGCGACAUACUUCGCAACUGUCUGCUUUAUAUAAUUAUUCACAAGUUGUUUACUAAGUAUUUUUCUCAGGUUCUUUGAAUAUUUUUACAUACUCACUGAUCAUUUGGCAAAUAAUUGUCAGAAAUCAUGCUUUGUGUAGAAAGCCUUCAAUUCUUGAAGGUUGGUGGAGAUUUCCCAGUUCCAUAUGGAUUUAAACCACAAACAGUUGUCUUGUUUCUUUUUCUGGUAUUUAGUGAUUUUUAUAGGUUAUCUAGUCAUAAAAAAAUUCAGAUCCAAAUCUUUGCAAAUGAGAAAUUUCAAAUUUUCCAAUGUCAAAAGCACGUGUCAAAAAAACAAAAAUCAAUGACUCUAUCAAAUUGCAAGUUUUAUGCUAUUAUAAAAGCCAGAGGAAAUAAUCAAAGGGGAAAGAGUCAUGUAAUUCAGGCUAUUAUUGUGGGCUUUAGGUUUUGCUAUUCAUGUAAUUAAUAAGGAUUAAAAAUCCCAAAUAAAAUGGGAAGUGAAAAUAACUUGUUGGAAGUAAAAAUUUUUCUUACUGAUUGACAUACUUUCCUUAAAUUUUAGUUCCAAGAACUUAUAGAAACACAAGUAAAUUGUUUUUCUUAGAUCUUAAAUCAUUUCUCUUUAGUUGGAAAAUUUACUGAAGAUAUAUCAGGGAAUUAUUAAUUCAAGUAUAGUUAGGUUGUAUCAAUUGUGAGGGAAAUAAGUCCAAAAGAAAAUAAUGUGUAAUUAAGGAAAACAAAAAAGCAACCUUUUGUUUUUUGUGGCACUUUAUAAAGACGAGUGGUAAACCAUGUGCAGUUGUGUUAGUAGUUCAGCAUUGUAGUCUAUCAUGCGAAUGGUAGAUUGUCAAUAAAAGAAUAAAAAUUG